UGCCGAAGUUGACCAUACAAGACGGUCCACCUGCAGCCAUGGCGUCAGCAGAAAAGGAGGAACGUGGUGUUAACAUCGAAGAAGAACCUAAGAAGGCUAUGGAUCUAGAUACGAUUCUAGUAAAAGAAAUUGGUCAAAUAGGUUGCUUCCAAUUUCGUAUCCUGGGUUUGGCCGUGUCUAUGGCCAUAUUCGCUGCGUGGGCUGCUGCUGAGUUUAAUUUUACGACAGCACGUAUUCCUACCAGAUGCCUAAUUCCAGAAUGUGAGACCGAAGAGUCUUUUGAAUUUAGAGCACCAUGGGUUCUAAACGCUGUUCCACCAGCUGGAAACUCCUUCGACCAAUGCAGGCGAUAUAGAAACAUUAGUUCUAUUGCCGCCUUCAGCAGCGACGAUAGCUGUCCUGCUGAGUGGUUCAACCCAGACAGUAUCAAAGACUGUGAGGUGCAUCUCUAUGAGAAUACUGAUACUGUCGUCCAUACUUUCGGUCUAGCUUGCGAUGAAUGGCGUCGGACAUUGAUUGGUUCGAUACGAACGUUCGGCACGUUGGUGGCGCUCCCCAUCACAGGCUACAUCUCGGAUCGGUGGGGUCGCCGGACCGCUCUCAGCAUCAACGCCUUCACAACGGCUUGGAUGGGCAUCGUGCGCUACUGGUCGAAUACCUACAUCGGCUUCCUCAUUUCUGAAGUUAUGGAAUCUACCUUCUCCGGUGGCUUUUCUUGUGCCUAUAUCAUAUUGAUGGAGUUGAUGGGUCCUAAAUACCGAGUGGCCGCAGGAGCGUCCUUGAAUACAUCGUUUUCCAUCGGAUUAGUUUUGCUGGGCUUUAUAGCGUGGGGCGUUCCAGACUGGCGAAACCUGACGCUCACCCUUUACAUCCCACAGCUUCUCACUUUCUCAUACUUCUUCCUCAUGGCUGAAUCGGUCAGAUGGUAUAUGAGUAAGAAUAGAUUUGAAGACGCUGCAAAAGUUCUCAAAACAGCAGCCAAGAUAAAUAAAAAAGAGCUCUCAGAUAAAUCUUUGGAGUUAUUGAGGGAGCACGCUCUAGAAGAAGAGAGGAAGAAGGCUGAUGAAAGAGUUCGGAGUGUGAAUGAGCCGUGGCUGGUGGUCCUAGUGUUCAGACAUAAGAGGAUCUUGGUGCGGUGCGUGGUGUCUCCGGUGUGGUGGAUCACAACUACGUUCAUCUACUACGGCAUGUCGAUCAACGCGGUCAACAUGUCUGGGAACCGCUACUUGAACUACGUGGCAGUGUCCGCCGUGGAGAUCCCUGGUUACUGGGCUGCUGUGGUGCUGAUGGCGAGGAUCGGACGGAAACCCGUGCUAAUUUGCGCCUUCUGGGUUUGCUGUAUAUGCCAGAUUGGAUACAUCUUCAUACCUAAUGAUCAGUACGCAGCCUCGCUGGCUCUGUACCUAGUGGCGAAGUUCAGCAUCGCCAUGGUGAUGACAUCCAUCUACGUGUACACGUCGGAGCUGUACCCCACCAGGUACCGCCACAGCCUGUUCGCCUUCUCCUCCAUGGUCGGCAGGAUCGGCUCCAUCAUCGCUCCUCUGACGCCGGCUUUUGGUGCCGCGGUAUGGGACGACCUCCCGUUCGCAAUGUUCGCGGGCUUCGCGUUCGUCUCGGGCCUGCUGGUCCUCUUCACGCCGGAGACCCUCGGCACCACGCUGCCCGACACCAUGGAAGAGGCUUCUAACCUGGGCUUGAAAAAAACUGAGCCUUGACACUAUUAUUUUCUUGUACAUUAUACGUAACUAACCGAUGCCCGCGACUUCGUCCACGUGGAUUUAGGUUUUUCGGAAUCCCGUGGGAACUCUUUGAUUUUCCGGGAUAAAAAGUAGCCUAUGUGCUAAUCCAGGAUAUUAUCUAUCUCCAU